GACAUGUCCUUGGAUGACAUUAGGAUGAGCUCUACUGAAUUCCUGAGGCAGGAGGACCUGGACGGCGGGGGCUUCGGGAAGGUGUCUCUGUGUUUACACAGCUCCCAUGGACUCGUGGUCCUGAAGAAGGUGUACACGGGCCCCAAGCUCACCGAGUACGAUGAGGCCCUCCUGGAGGAGGGCAGGAUGAUGCACAGGCUGCGGCACAGCCGCGUGGUGAAGCUGCUGGGCGUCAUCAUGGAGGACGGGAACUACUCGCUGGUGAUGGAGUACGUGGAGAAGGGCGACCUCAUGCGCACGCUCAAGGCCCAGAUCAGUAUCCCUCUCUCUGUGAAAGGAAGGAUAAUUAUGGAGACCAUUGAAGGAAUGCGCUACUUACACGGAGAAGGUGUAAUACACAAGGACCUCAAGCCUGAAAAUAUCCUCGUCGAUGGUGACUUUCACAUUAAGAUAGCUGACCUUGGCCUUGCCUCCCUUAAGACGUGGAGUGAGCUGAUGAAAGAGGAGCUUACUGCGCAGAGGAGAGGAAAGAGCACCACGAAGAACGGCAGCACCCUCCACUACAUGGCCCCCGAGUGCCUGAACGACGUCAGCUCGAGGCCCUCCGAGAAGUCGGACGUGUUCAGCUUCGCCAUAGUGCUCUGGGCCGUCUUUGCCAACAAGGAGCCAUAUGAAAAUGCUAUCUGUGAGCAGCAGCUGAUAAUGCGCAUUAAAUCUGGGAGCAGGCCGGACGUGGAGGACAUCACUGGGCACUGCCCGCGGGAGGCUGUCAGCAUCAUGGAGCAGUGCUGGGCGGUGAAUCCAGAAGAUCGGCCGACGUUUGCUGGCAUUGAAGAGAGAUUUAGGCCUUUUUAUUUAAAUCAAUUAGAAGAGCACGUAGAAGAGGAUGUGAAGAGUCUAAAGAAAGAGUAUCCGGGCCAAAAUGAAAUUGUAAAGAGAAUGAAGUCUCUCCAAAUUGAUUGCAUAGCAAUAUCUCCAAGCAGGUCAAAUUCAGCCACAGAACAGCCCAGUUCGCUGCACAGUUCACAGGGAUUCGGGCUGGGUCCUGUGGAGGACUCCUGGUUCGCUCCUGCCCCAGAGCAGCGGCAGCAGCAGCAGGAGGACCUCCUACUGCACAGUAAACUCCAGGAGGAGGCCAACUACCAUCUUUACGGCAGCCGCAUGGACAGGCGUACGGAAGAGCAGCCCAGACAGAAUGUGGCUGACAGGAGACAGGAAGAGAGGAGACGGAGGGUCUCCCAUGACCCUUUUGCACAGCAGAGACCUUAUGAGAAUGCUCAGAGCCCAGGGCUAAAAGGCCUUGCUUAUUCCGGUGCAGCCAAUCAUGGAAAUGCGGUACAGCAACCAACAGGGCUGACCAGCCAACCCCAGUUACUAUACUAUAGAAAUGGAUUGUGUACAUCACUCGGUUUUGGAGCAAGACCAGUGGAUCUGAGAAACACAGGUCCAGGAGUUUGGAAUGGGCCAAAUCCAGGCCACAUGCCAAGCAUGUAUAAAACUCCAGUGCCUGAGACCAACCUACUGGGAAACACACCCACCAUUCCAUUCAGCUCCUUGCCAUCAAGAGGUAAAUAG